AGGAAAUUGACUUUGCAAGGGUUUUUUUGUUCUUUUUAAGAUUUCAUUGAUUUAAAAAUGAUUGCGUUGACAUUGUUCUCUUCACAGUCACAUUUGAGAGGAUAUUACUACAUUUACACAGUGCAAUCAGUACGAGAGGUCCAGAGAACUGACAGCAAGCGCUUUAUGUUUGAGAUCAACAUGACCAAUGGGAAGAGAAAAGUGUUGGCAGCAGAGACAGAUGCUCUCAGAAAGGAGUGGGUAGGACAGCUAUGGAAAGCAAUGCAUCUUUCUACCUCUGCAGUCUCAGACUCCAGAGGUACACAACUCAGAGUGUGUGAGCAGCGAGAGAGACGUAACAGCAGCACACCCAUCUACUCGGAGAGUGACAGUGUGACAGAGUUUCCACCUGCUCGGCCCCUCUCGGCCCCUGCUCCACCGGGCUAUAUCCACCACGAGAACAGCAGCCUCACCUCCCCCGUCUGCCCGACUGAGGAGCCGGACACUGAGGACGCUCCUUUCCAAAACACACUGCCAGCCUGUAACUACCAGCAUCACGAUGGUGACAGUCUGAAUCAGUCUGAAUCCGAACUGAAUCUAUGGUCCAGUGAGUUGAGCGAUACGGAGGACAAACAAGGAGACUAUGAUGUUUUGCCACUCAGAAACAAGACGUGCACCAUCGACAUCGACCCUUCAACAGAGACGAACGAGGGUGUGUAUGACUUUCCUCUCUCUUACAAGAGAGCUUCUGACAAUCAAGACGCCACAGACAGCAUCUAUGACGUACCAAGCUCUCUUUUGAGACAGAUGUCUGAUGACACUGAAGAGGAGCAGCCGGAGGAAGGAGCCUUCUGAAGUGGAUGAGGUCAAGUUAGAGGAAACCAGUGGUGGACUGGAGGACAGCAGCAGCAGCAGAAGCCACCUCUGACUCACCAUACAUGUAACUUUUGGGACCAGAUACAGAUUCUUAGUACAGAAGACUGUUG